GUGCACAAUCUACUCCUUGUGAGCACUCGCUGCCUGAUCCUGAUCGCGCACCACAAAGGGGAUGUGGACACACUAGAAUCGCAUCCUUUAGAAAAUCUUUCUAACGUGCUGUCUUUUUUAGAAGUGCAAUUUACCCGCAGUCUAAUUGUUUUGUUUUUAAUCCACGAUGAAGGCUGUUCCUCCUAUCCACCCCCAGGACUCCUCCUCCAGCAGCAGGGAGCUCUCUCUCCAACAUAUGCCCAAGCACAGCUUCCACAUCUCCCGGUCCAAGAUGGAAGAGGAGGAGCGGUGCUGCUUGCAGUACGACAUGAACGACUGCUACAGCCGACUGAAGCGCCUGGUGCCGACCAUACCGCAGGAUAAGAAAGUCAGCAAAGUGGAGAUCCUCCAACAUGUCAUUGACUACAUCCUGGACCUGCAGUUGGCCCUUGAGACGCACCCUUCACUGCACAAACAAGCCCCUCAGCGGCCCGGAACCUGCGCUCCGCCAGCGUCCAACCGCAGCCGAACGCCGCUAACAGUGCUCAACACCGACCGCCACCAGACGACGUCAAUUGUCAAAAAGCCUGAGGACUCGAUUUUAUGCCGCUGAGACACAUACAGUAAGCACUGCAACGGUGUGCAGGCUGCACAGAGCCGCUCCAAAAGCCAGCAAAGCUUCGCCAGGGACUCACAGCCAACUGGAGGCACAAUCACAACAGAAUUUGGAAACCACUGGAAGGAAGUAAACGUGCAUAUAAUGAACAUUUUUGUUCCAUAGAGCAUGGAAUUUGCAUAAGACCCCUUACUCUGAAUCUUACUCCUGCUGUUACAUUUGUCCCUGUUCAACCCCACAUUUUUUUUUUUGGUAUUGACCUUCUGGAGGGAAUAUUUUUUAACCCCAAUAACGAAUGCAUUUUUUUUGGUGAAAAAAGUGAGUCCAGUUUAAAGCUUUACUGACUGCAAAGGUUGUUGUACAGUUCUUGUAGACAUCUAUUGUUUAAAAUAGAUGAUUUGUGUCAGGCUAUUCAAAUAUUUGAUAUUGUAAAAAAGGACAAUUCAAUUUGAAAACCAUUAAGAUUGUACAUAGAGAGAAAUAAAUGAUCUAUGGAAAAAUAAUGUACUGUAUGUUAAGGGGAUACAUAUUUACUUCGAAUAGACUAUUGUAAUUAUUCAGAUAUUUUUAUUAAAACCUUUUUUGUCGUUUUGUAAAUAUUGUGUUUCCACUUUGAAGUCUUUAGUCAAUGAAUGUGUUUUUUUUGUCCUCACGCGAUGAUAUCAGUUCAGUUUGCAAUGGUUGAAUAUGUAGCAUGUCGGGCUCAUUGAAGAGAUGUCAAACGUGCACUGAAGUAGGCCUCACUUUGUAGAUAAGUUUAUUUGCUCAGUUGUUUUUAUACUCACUAACGAUGACCCAUUUGGGGCAAUAGGCCACUCUGCUGCUUGAUGUUUGUUGUUUUUUUGUUUUUUUUUUAAUAAAAAGGCCUGAUUUAAUUAUGUUACAAUGCACUGUUGUAAAAAAAAAAAUGAUUAGAAAUACGCAGAACUUCUAACAGUGUUAACAAUGUAACACCUAAAAAUGCAUCUCUGGUGACUUGACGUGUUUGUUGGCGAACAAAAAGUGAUUUUUAUUUCAGUUCAUCGAAAGAAAAACGAGCCUUUAAUUUCCAUGACACUCAACACCGACUUUACCUCACCACACUCCUGCCAGAGUGGGAGGGCACAUGUACACGACUGUCAGCUGCACGGUUGGAAGUGAUCUUCACUGGCUUGUGAGGAGUUGUCAAAACAAUUAAAGUUGCCAGGAAGAAGUA